AUGACAGAGCAGCGCAAUUUUCGGGUUAUCCUCGAUGAGAUCAGCGUGUCGGACCGUGAUCCGGACUUAAUGGAAAAGCUGGAGUUGCAGUUGUACCAGCGGAAUAAUCGGAGCUACGUCGAUGCUCAAAUAAUAUUCAAACGUAAUUUUAAGGAUAUGUCUGCACGUACCGCCCUGGAUUUUUGGAAGGGCAGACAAAAGAAAAUUCGACUAUACGACGUACGAUUGGAUGCGUGUCUCUUCCUCGAUGUGUCCCACAAGAAUCGUUUGUUUAACAUCUAUGCCAAAGCCCUAAGAAAAUAUUCCAACCUGAGUUGCCCCUUCAAGGCGAAUUUCAACUACACGUUUAACCAACUCUAUUUUGAUGAACAGGAACUGCCCUCCUUCAUACCGCUGGGCGUCUUUCGGGCCCUCAUUGAAUAUUCAACCAAACAGAAAUUGAGUGUUCGUAUUAUAGUUCACGGUAAAAUUGUGCCUAGGCCUUGA